AUGGUAAAGUUCGUGAUUAGCAGUUCGGUUUACCAAGCUCAAAUAUGCGAUCUACUUCCCUGCAAUGAUAAUUCCAAAUCUCAAUUAGUACAUUCCCUACUAGCAGCUUAUGAUGUAUUCAAACACUUUGAUAAGGUUAUUAGGAUACCAUAUACCAAUAAGAGCACCUUAGCGAAAUUCCAUUCUAAAGCGUUUCUAGAUGUUGUUCUCGAUGGUGCAUUGGAUCGUGAUACAAUUGAAGAUGAGGAUUGGCCACAGUUGACACUAAUUGCAGAUCGAUACCUGUCUAAUAGCGGUACAAGUUGUGAGUCCAUGGGAUGGUGUAAAUCAAAACGUGAUCUUCACAGAAGGUAUCUUUCCUCUACGUGCUCUAAUACUCAUGAAUCUGAUACUCAGGGAUCUGCCUUGGAUGAGGAUAAUAAUAAUCGAAGCACUCUUGAGUAUUAUGGCUUAGUUGAUGACUGCCCUAUUUUCGAUUACCUCCCAAUGUAUGUCCAUACAGUUGCUGGCGCUACGUUAUCAUUACUCCAAGAGCUAUCAUACGAUGAGGGCCCGACUAUUGCAAUUAAUUGGGAUGGUGGAAGGCACCAUGCUAUGAAGUCCAAAGCAUCAGGGUUCUGCUAUGUUAAUGACAUUGUUUUACUUAUACAAGGUCUACGAAGGAAGGGCUUCUCAAAGAUAUCGUACUUGGAUUUCGACUUACAUCAUGGCGAUGGAGUUGAGAAUGCCUUUCUGUACUCCAAGAAUGUCCAAACAUGCUCUGUACACAUGUUCGAACCAGGUUUCUUUCCCGGGACUGGCGACCAUAAGAACUGCAAGUUGAAUAACGUGAUAAAUAUUCCUUUACUUCAUGGCUUGGAUGAUAAGUCGCUAAAUCGGAUAGCGGAUGAAAUAAUAAUGCCAAGCAUACGUGCCCAUGACCCAGAAGUUAUAAUCAUUCAAUGCGGCGGCGACGGACUGUGUGGUGAUAAAUAUGGCGAAUGGCAGCUAUCUAUUCGCGGGCUUACAACAAUUAUUCUAAAAAUCGUCUCACUAUUCCGCUACAGGAAGGUUGUGCUACUUGGAGGAGGUGGCUACAAUCCAAAACUACAGAGUCGUUUUUAUACGUAUUUGACCACUGAGCUUCUGCAUGCCUGUAAGGGUAUCCCAUCAUGUAUAUCGAAUGACGAGGAUGAAUUAAUAAAAGAUCAUGAAUUGAUUGAGGUCUAUGAGGGCGAAAACUACAAAUAUUGGCACUAUGAAUAUCCCGGUAUACACCGUAAAAGUCUUCUAAAUGAUAAUACAGAGGCCUACUUUUCAAAGUUAAGACACUUAUUUGCUGCAGGUGCUGCAUCUAAGGUAUAA